ACUGCUGAAGAUGAGAAGAUCUGCAGCACCAAGUCAGUUGCAGGGGAAUUCCUUCAAAAGAUCAAAACUCAUACCUCCAGGAAGAAGUAAUCCAAAUCUGAAUGAAGGGAUUUCAAGAACAAAUCCAGAUAUAAAAUUAUUUCAGGGUACUACAAGUAAUGCCUUUCAUCAGUCCCAAAAUGAUCCUGGUGUGUGCAGUUCAAAUGUUUUGCCUUCCGAGGAAAGCAGUAAGGAACUUAACCAUGGGGAUGAGUCCAGUGGUCAGUUUAGUUCUCAAGCACGUGCAAUGACGGCAAUAAACCCCUGCAGAUAG